CCCUCCCAUAGAGGUGAGAGCGCAGAUAUCAUGAGAAAAGCGGCCACACAACCAGAGCGCACAGACCGACGCACCAACCGACCUCAGCCCGCCUGCCUGCGCCCCGCUCUGGGAUGCUUUUAGCGCAGAGACGCUUCCACUCAGGGCAGCCAGUGGACGUCGACGCACAUCAUCUACACUCCUUUCGUUGUUGUUUUUAACCGAGGAUCUUUCACCACCACCACCCGCAGCCCCUUCUUUUAUUUUAAGUGUUUGUUUCUUCAUGACUGCUGCUUUGGGAAGCGAGCCUCAGCACCAGCUCCAGCAACACCGACACGAUGCGAGCCCAAAUCGAAGUUAUACCAUGCAAAAUCUGCGGAGACAAAUCAUCAGGAAUCCACUAUGGCGUCAUUACAUGUGAGGGAUGUAAGGGUUUCUUCAGACGUAGUCAGCAGAACAACGCCUCCUACUCCUGCCCCCGCCAGAGGAACUGCCUCAUCGACAGAACAAACCGCAACCGUUGCCAACACUGCCGCCUGCAGAAAUGUCUUGCCCUAGGAAUGUCCAGAGAUGCGGUCAAGUUUGGCCGCAUGUCCAAGAAGCAGCGUGACAGCCUGUAUGCAGAGGUCCAGAAGCACCAGGCACGGCUGCAGGAGCAGCGGCAACAGCAGACAGGCGAAGCAGAAGCUCUGGCACGCGUUUACUCAUCCAGCCUAACCAACGGACUUUCCACCCUUAACCAUGAAAUUGGGGGCACCUAUGCCAAUGGUCACGUCAUUGAGCUACCCAAAGGUGGCCAUGGUAAUGGAGCAGGAGUCCCCGGGGGUUACUAUGGGAUGGAUUCCACCCAGCCGUCUCCAGACCAGUCAGGUUUGGACAUGUCGGGCAUGAAGCACAUUAAGCAGGAGCCAGUGUACGACCUGACGCCAGUACCCAACCUGUUCAGCUAUGGAGGCUACCAGGAGAGUCAGCUUGGGCCCAAUAAUGUCAGCAUGGGAGAGCUGGACCGUAUUGCUCAAAAUAUCAUCAAGUCCCACUUGGAGACAUGUCAGUACACAACAGAGGAGCUGCAGCAGCUAGCCUGGCAGACACAUUCCUAUGAAGAGGUCAAGAUGUACCAGAGCAAGCCCCGUGACGUGCUGUGGCAGCAGUGUGCCAUCCAGAUCACCCAUGCGAUCCAGUACGUGGUGGAGUUCGCCAAGCGCAUCUCAGGGUUUAUGGAACUGUGCCAGAAUGACCAGAUCCUUCUUCUAAAGUCAGGUUGUUUGGAGGUAGUCUUAGUGCGGAUGUGCAGGGCAUUCAACCCUCUCAACAACACAGUACUCUUUGAAGGGAAGUAUGGAGGCAUGCAGAUGUUCAAAGCCCUAGGUUGUGAUGACUUAGUGAGUGCAGUGUUUGACUUUGCGAAGAGUAUGUGCUCACUGCAGCUAACAGAGGAGGAGAUUGCACUGUUCUCAGCAGCUGUACUAAUUUCCACAGAUCGACCGUGGCUGAUGGAGCCUCGGAAAGUUCAAAAGCUCCAGGAGAAGAUCUACUUUGCUCUGCAGCACAUUAUGCAGAAGAACCACAUGGAUGAAGAUGCACUGGCCAAGCUGAUCAGCCGAAUCCCAACGUUGUCAGCCCUGUGCACACUGCACACUGAAGAGCUUCAGGCCUUCCAGCAACUCCACCCAGAAACAGUCAAUGUCCUGUUUCCUCCACUCUACAAAGAACUCUUCAACCCAGACCCAAACUCUGCCAUGGCCAUGCCCAAGUGACUGCCUGUGGUCCACAUGCAAAAAAUGACGCCAGCAGAGGACCAAGAAAGUAAGACAGCCGCAUCCAACGAGACGAAAGCAGCUAUGUCGACUACGUCAUCAUCGUGGCAACCACAUAUUUCCGAGCCCCCCCAGGCACAUUUCAAGCUGGUGGGUGAGGAGUCAUCUGCUAGCAGCUUAGAGUUACCGCCAACAAUACUAGGAAUGUCCAGCACUUAUCCCAUUCUGUUCACCGAUACAGUCUGAAGAAUGUAUAUACAAAUGAAACGUGCCCCGGGCCACAACCUGAGCGGGGCUUCCACCUUUCUCCUGAACUGAACUGACUGACCAGUAAUGUACAGACUUUAAAAUAUCUAGGAACAAUUUUAAGCUGUCAAUCUUUAAACAAAAAAAAAGAAAUUGGUAAGUUAAAAUGAUUUAACUUUGAAAAAAUUAUUUGAAUUAUUUUCCAUGUGAAGAUGGUGAAGCUGGAUGGGGGAGGGAACUGUGGAUUUAGAGAAGCUAUUGUAGAUAUUCUUCUAGUGGAGAGCGGAUUCCAGUAUUACUUCUUGUUCUGUUAAAAUAAGUUAGUCUUAAUUUAAAUAUACAGCAGUCCACUGUGGCUGACUAUACCGUGUCUACGUGUUUUUAUUUUAUUUGAUAGUUUCUUGUGUACAGAAUUUGUAAAGUUGAGACUUGUAAAACAACACUGGCUAAAAACCGGGAUUCAAUUUGGGUUUGUUGAUAUAUAGAAGCCUUGUCUGGAUUUUGUUCAUAUGUAAAGAAGGUACUACAUCCUUCUGAACCUAUAGUAAUGUAAAGAGAGCAUAUGAAGGAUUUAAAAAAAAUGGCUACUGCUACUUUUCAAGCUGGAGAUAUAUACAGAAAUAUUCUAUUUUGCAAGAAAAAGAAUCUGGCAGAUUUGCCAUCUUAUCAAUCGUUUAUUUCUCGCUGCAAUAAUUACGUCCAAUAAAAGCUGGACUGCUUUCGAACAAUCAGCCACACACAGCUAAUCGGAGACUAGGACCUUGCAAUGAACCCCGAAUCUCUUCCCAAAUUCCCCAUGUACCCAAACCUUUAUCUCUCAUGUAUUAGGACCUGUCCGUAAAAUUCUGGCAGAUAUAAGUGGAUAGAAAUCACGGUGAAGGCGUGUAUAGCUAUCCACCAAAAUAAAGGCAACGAAAAAUGAAACAAACCUGAAUUGGAUUCACAAAUUUCCACUCACUCAAACCUGUAUGAGUGCUGUAUGCCUCAUCCCUACAAUCACUAUUUGCACAAUCAUCACAGUCCAUGGGGGACAAAGACCCUGUGGGCUGUGAAUAUGUAGGACCCUUUGUCUAAAGAGCAAUAAUUUUCACACUGCCUUUCUGAUCUUAUUCCUUUCCUCCUCUUCCUGCUUUCAGUUGUUCAGAUCAAGGUAGCUGUUUUAACUAAAAUGCACUAUAUUUCACUUAAUGGUUAUGCCUAACAGUCAUUUCCAUUGGCGGUACUCAUUCCACCACCACAGACUCUGCAGUGUUUUCAGUAAAGAGAGCAUUGACUUAGCGUUAUAAAUUAAUCCAGAAUAGCCUCCAAUCAUCUAAACACCAUUUAAAGCUGCAAUAUGGCAUUAACAAUUUGAAAAAAGGAAAGUGUGAUAGACAAUCAAUUUUUGCUUUUUAUGUAGUCAUUCCAUAAUUCUUAGCACUUACAUUUUGUCUUAGUUUCUAUGUUUUGUUGUUUUGGCCACUUUUUAAAAAUCACAUUGGCUCCACUGGGUAUUUAUCCAGGCAUGUUGUAAUUGGUCUUUUCUGGUGAAGGAAUAAUUUGAAAUCUCAUUGCGUAGACAUGUUUCAGUGGUUUCUGCACACUAGAACUAGAAGAUGCUCUGUGAAUCUCUCCUGUAAAGUUAUAAGUGCUGUGAAAUCUCAGCAGCGCGGCUAAAGAGCUCUCUUUCAAAAUAAGCCCAAAAAAGAGACACUUGACAGAACAUUAGCACAGAAUUAAUCAGCUGAUGAUACUUUCAUUACCCGAAUACAUGUUGGACUGACUAGCGACUAAAAAUCGCACUUUUACCUCAGUUUUGAAUGCUAUGAAUAAUGGACUCUGAUCUAGUGUUAUUUAGGCAAUUUUAAAACAUUAAGCUUUUCUGAUUUUUGCAAAUGCACAGCGGCCAAAUCUUUGACUUUACAUCAAAGUUAUGUACCCCUUAAGCCCGCUGGUACGCCUAACAGUUAUUAUCCUUCCAUCAUUUUUUUUCCAUGUGGAGAACAACCAUGAGGGAGCAAGUACCAAUGUUAAUGUUAGAAAAUCAGCUUAUACUGAUCUGUUCCACGCUGCAUCUAUUUAAAGGUCCCCCGUAAUUCCAGCAUCUUUCCUCCGACCCCUGACCCGACCACAGAUCAUAGGCCAGUGUCUCUUUAAAAGACAAUCACUUGCUCAUUAAGGCUUGAUGCACUACAAAGCAUCUCUCAGGGAGCAGCUCUUUUUCAGAUUUUGCAUUAAGAGGGUUUAAUAUUUUUGCAAAUUUACAAAAAAAAAGAAUAAUUAUAAAAGAAUAACUUUUUAGGAUUAAAAAAAGGUAUACGCCACCAGUGUAUGCCAGCAAUGAAAUCUGCCCAGACAAGGCUUUGACAGAUGUAUGUCUGUGUGUAUGUGUGUGUACAGAGCAUGAAUUCACUGUCCAAAUAUCUUUAGACUCCAGAUUAUAUAGCAAAAAUCAUAAUAACAUAGCACUAAAAAAACAACAACUUGUAUAUCAGUGUGCUCUUUUCACCACUGUACGCUCAUGUUUACUGAUUCUUUUUGCUGCUUUUGGGACAGUGAGGGAAGUCCAUUAGUAAGCUGUGACACAAGCGCCAUCACAACACCGCAGGGACAGUGAAUUCCAACUCUGACUACGAAGUUUUUGUGUGUGACGUUUUUAUUAUCCCUUGUUAGACUGUGAAUCAGAGGGCUGGGAUGGGGCUGUAA